CAACGUGGAUGCGGUGGCCAUGUUGGCGCUGCGGCUCGACCCACGCGGCUUACCUGUUUCCAAGUUUUCAAGGUUUUAGUCCAUUUGCCUUCACGUAUCUGCCUUGAUAUGUAUUUCUGUAACACUAGGAACAUUAGCUUAUUUGUAGAGUUAGCCAUCUGCGUCCGUGGAGUUAACAGGAAGAGGAAAGAGGAGGGUAAAACUGUGUGAAAGAUAAAGUUGCAACCUAGUACCCAGCCAUCAUAUUUUCUUGGAACUUACCUGGAUGCAGCUUUCUGGAAAAAAGCAGAACACCCUGACAACACUCUUGUUUUACUACACUGAGCUGGACUGGAUGGCAGAAUUAAUCAGGAAGAAUAUACACCAAUGUAAGGCCUGUGGGUGCUCUUUCUCUCGCAAUACCAACCUGCAGCAACACAUGACUACCCAUACCCCAGAGGAAAACAUGUUAUAUGGUGACAUUUUCUCCCACAAUACGUUCACCAUUCAGAAUGAAAUGCAGAGGCCAAAGCAGAAGAUUGCCUGUCCGGUAUGCCCAAGGAUAUAUGUGUUCAGGGGGAACUAUAUAAGACAUCUAAUAACUGCUCAUGGUAUUAUUGAAAAAAAUGGCACUCCAUACAGUGGCAUCCAUCCAAAAGUGGGUAAUAGGCAGGGAGAUCAAGAUGUUUCUGAGAGGGAAACAGUGAAGGCUCCAGAUUCCUCAAGAAACCAUGUGUUCAAGAGUGGAAAGAAUGCACAUUUUGGGCCACUGAACCUAGAGCAGGAAAAGAAAGUGAAGAAAAGAGGGAGACCACCAAAGGGGAGAUGCCGUAAAAAUGAGUCUGUCAAAGAGGUUGGUGAAGGGGUAACAGUGGAGGCUGUGGAGUCUUCAAAAAGCCUUGUGGUCAGGAGUGAAAAGGAGGUUCAUUUUGGACCAGUAAAUCCAGAGCAAGCAAAGAAAGUGAAGAAAAGAGGGAGACCACCAAAGGGGAGAUUCUGUAAAAAUGAGUCUGUCAAAGAGAUUGAUGAAGGGGUAACAGUUAAGGCUUCAGAGACUUCAAAAAGCCAUGUGGUCAGGAGUGAAAAGGAGUUACUUCUUGGACCACUGAAUCCAGAGCAAGUAAAGAAAGUGAAGAAAAGGGGGAGGCCACCAAAACGGAUGUGCUUUGAAAAUGAGUCUGUCAAAGAGGUUGAUGAAGAGGGAAUAGUGAAGGCUCCAGAGACUUCAAAAAGAAAUGUGGUUAAGAGUGAAAAGAAGGUACAUUUUGGACCACUGAAACCGGAGCAAGCAAAGAAUGAGAAGAGGAGACCACUGAAGCAGAGAUACCUUGACAAGGAGUCUGUGAAAAAGAAAUAUGAGUGCCCAGAGUGCAAGAAAAGGAUGACACAAUCCUCAACCUUGUUGGCUCACAUGAGGAUUCACACGGGGGAAAGACCUUAUCGAUGCUUAGUCUGCUGCAAGACUUUCACGUUCUAUCAGUGUCUAUGGAAUCAUUCUUGGCGCCACAAAGAUAUGAAGUCCUUUCCCUGCGACAGGUGUCCUAGGACAUAUCGCUACUAUCAGUGCCUCUGGACCCAUUACAAGACCCACACACAUGAGAAGCUUUUCACGUGUGCAGUUUGCAAGCUUAGGUUUGCAACAUCAGUGCAGCUAAAUCGUCACAGGAAGAAGCAUCCUGAGAAGAGGGAAGGUGAUCACAAAAAUAAUAGGAGCAAAUGCCUCAAGACUGCUAAGGUAAAUGAAAGGCCAUUCAAGUGUAAGGUAUGUGCCAAGAAGUACAGACUAAAGAUAUCUCUAGUAUCUCAUGAAGAAAAAUGCUACUCAAAGACACAACUUUCCUUAAAUAAGAACAGUAAUUGUAAUGGGCCAUCUGAUAUACUAGUAAAAAGUGGAACAAAAGGCGUAGACCAGAACCAGAAGAGGGGUCGUGGAAGGCCCAGAAAAUUUACCAAGCCAACAGUGGAAAGAAAGGUUUUUGUUGACCCCCAAACAUUGGAGUAUUGCUAUAGAAAACAGCAGGAUACUUGUUUUGCUUGUAAAAAGGUAAAUAAAAACUGUGUGUGUCAUGAUAGAUGCAGAGGUAAAAACAAAGAAAAUAGGAAAAUGGGUAAAUCCAGGAAGUGUAAUGGCUAUAAGAAAACCACAGAGGCAUUACUGCGUAUUUCAAAGAGACGGAAUGAAAAGAAAAUUGCUGAGCCAUUGUUGCGUAAAUCGAAGAGACUGAAAAGGGAGAAGUCAGUGGUGUCCGGGUGUGAGACAUAUGACCAGCCAUCCACUGGUGCCACUGAACAAAAUCAUCUCCUGAAUUGUCGUCCAGAGACCAAACCAUAUAGUUGUUCACAUUGCAGCAAGAGCUUUAAGAGUCAGACCUGGCUGUCGAGGCACCGAAACUUAGCACACAGUGAUACACAAAAGGAAACUUCUCACACAAAGAGAUUCAAGAACUCCAGAUUUAGAAAGAAACAGAGAAAUAAAAGUGUAGAAUACAAGUGUUCAUGCUGUGGCACUGUCUUUAUCUCAAAUGAUGAUUACAAGAAACAUACUGCAUUUGUAAGUUGUUUAUGUGGCCAACAGUUCCAUUGUGGUUAUAUUUUCUGCUUCCACACUUCAACAUGUGGUAAACAUGAUGUUUCUGUUACGGAAGAGAGGGGAGACCAGAACUCUGAAGAUACAAAUGCUAGCUCCAGUAAGGAAGGAAACUUUCCUUGUCAACAGGAUACUUGGCAGCCAGAAACCAACAGUAAAUCUUCCCAGAUGUAUCCCAACUGUAUUCCACUAGUAACUGAUAGUAAUGACAGUGCCCUCCUUCCCAGUUCUGACCAUUAUCAGUCUGAAGAAUGGGUCUGGCAGCUACUCAACACAGCAGAGAGAGAGUUAGUUGCAAAUGGAAUCAUUAUCGAGACAGAACCGAAUGUUGCAACAGAAGCUGCAGAGAAUCCUCAGUUUGACCAAGAAAAUUUUGUGGAAUCAGAGUUGCAAAAUGUACCUCAGCCAGAUCAGGAAGCAGAUAUCUGUAUUCAAAGCAGCAGAAAGCUUCCUGGAAAUAGACAGAAGUUUCAAUGUAUAAUUUGUAGUCAGGGAUUUUUUUAUGAAUCUGAGCUAGCCAGCCAUAGCUUGAGUCAUAUGAAAGAUAGUUUUUGAAAAGGUAUAUGUGAAACAUGUUCAGUUAUAUUAGGAAUUACAAAGAACUCAUAUGUUUGUGAAAACUUGUUUUUUCUUAAAGUGUAAGUAUUUUUACAAUAGUGUUUUUAUGUAACUUGUGAAGCUGUUUUGUUUGAAUAAGGAUUAUCAAUAGCUGGCAUAAGCUAGAUAUAGUAUAUCUUGUUAUGUAAUGUUUUAUUCAGCAGAGGUGUUAAUUGUAUGGAUGAACAUUGGUUUAAUUAAAGGAGGAAUCUUGGUCAGAAUAUGAGCAAUGAAUGAAUUUUUCAAUGUAUUGGGUUAAAUGUGAAAAACCAUAGGAACAUCAUAAUUCCCAGAGCCCUUCCUCUUUAGCAUUACCACCGAUAACCUGUUUUCAAGUGUACAGUUAAGUUCAUGUGUUUGGGAUGUUCAUGUUCACCCCCAUUCAAAUUUACACUUUUCUUUAUACUUUUAUGGAACUUUGACUUAUUAUGACAGCAGAUCUUGUUUCCCUACAGAAUUUCUCAAGUAUGAAUAAUGUAAUGCAUGCGAAAAUUAAAGGAAUCAGGAAUAACUUUUUUGGUAUGACAAAGAUGUGCAGUUGAUAUGGAAAUAAUACACAAUGAAAUUGGUUUUGUCAGGUUCAAACAUCUUCAGUUACAUUAUAGUGUGUAUCUUAAAUUCAAAUAUACAAUGAAAUUAUUCCUG